UUUUACUUGAAAAUAAAAAAUAAAUGAUUGCAAAAUUAUAUUUAGUGGAAGAAUAUUAACAAGAACAUCCAUCAUCAUUAUUAGAAUCAACAACAUCAGCAGUUCAAAAUGACACUUCCUUCAACAUCGAUUUUAUGUCGAAUUUUUACAUUUUUCUUUGCUGGAUCUCCACUCAUCUACAGUGGUGCCCCACGUGGAACAUGUGAUAGUUGCUGUCCGAUUAGAGAAGUCAAAGAUAUCAAUUUCUACCUCUACACAAAUCAAAAUCCAACCGAUGCCUAUCAACUCUAUCUCAGCAAUGAUCAACGCUUAGCUGAAAGUAAUUUGAAUAAGUCACUUCCAUUGGUGAUAUACCUGCACGGAUUCUCAGAGACAUCAUUUGGCGAUGAACAACAAAGUAGUCAACAAAUUAAGGAUGCUUUUCUCAAGGCCGGAAAUUACAACGUUAUCCUGGUUGAUUAUAGUCCACUUGCAGCAGUGCCAUGGUACACAAACUCAGUGGAUAACGUUCCAAUAGUUGGACGUUAUAUUGCUCGCUUCUUGCGCUACCUCAUCCGUUCGGGCUUCCCUAAGGCACAGAUUCAUGUGAUUGGCUUCAGUUUGGGUGCCGAAGUUGCUGGCUUUGCUGGGCAACAAAUUCAGGAAUGGGGAAUUGUGCUGCCAAGGAUAACAGGUUUAGAUCCGGCCCUGCCAUUUUUCAACGGACAAAGUUCGAACCAGAGACUUGGGCCAGCAGACGCAUACUUUGUCGAUGUCAUUCACACGGACGGAGGAGUGCUGGGGAAUCCGGAGCCACUGGGACAUGCUGAUUUCUAUCCAAAUGAUGGAGUGCCAUUACAGCCAGGAUGUGCCAGGCAGGAGAUAGCCAAUAAUCGUUGGUUGAACAUUAUAAUUGGAUGCAGUCACCAAAGAGCUUGGCAGUAUUUUGUUGAAUCUGUGGCCUCUGCAGAGUCAUUUCCAUCUGAAAGUUGUGAGGGUUUAAAGGAACAAUUUGACAAUGAAGAAUUUUGUCGAAAGGAUAUGAAAGCAUUUAUGGGAAUGGGAGCUGAUAAACGAUUGCGUGGCAAGUUCUACUUAAGCACCCGGGAGGAGUCUCCGUUUGGCAAAAACGCCCCUACUCGCACGUGACUAACAUCCUUUAUAACUACUCGCCUACAACAAUGAAAAUAUUGUGUGUUGAUGACUCGAAAAGGCAACACCAUACAAUAUGACUGCAGACCAAAAAAAAAAAGAAGAAGUAAAACUAUGCCGCUUGACAACACCAAGCCUGACGAAUUUAUUUUUACUAUAGAACUAUACUAUAAUUUAGAGAGACUAAAAGAGAGAAUGGAUGCUUGAUGAGUAUUUUCUAUGAGAAUGUAACAGAAAUUGCUACUUGACAAAGUCCUAGAGAAAGGAGUUUUUAGCCCCAACGAAAUAGCCACGAAAUGAAAUAAAAAAUAAGUGAAUGAACUUUUUGGCAAAAAGAAAAAUGUGGUUAGCAAAUUUGGUUGGAUGAAUAUAGCGAUGCGUAUUAUUCAACAGAAUUGGGUGUGGAAUUUUUCGUUGGAAAAAUAGCUGACUGAGAUUUUGAUUAGGUAGCAAAUAUCAUGAAUUUUCUGUGGAAAAAUAUGUAAAAUGUAUGUUUUGUAUGUUGUGUGAAAUAUUAUGUCAUUAUGUAUUUAAGUUUAGUUAGAAAAUUGUUAUUUAGAGUGCACAGACAGGGCUUGAGGUUAUGUUGAUUGAAAGAUAAGGAUUUCAUUAGU